GCGUAGGGGUGUUUCGCUAGGCUACAAACAAUCACUCCGGACGCGGUCAGGCCUAAGCCAGAAGGCAAGGGAAUUUUCUCUUUGUUUACCAAUACCUGCCUCGCUUGUUUUCUUCUCAAACUCUUCCUCCUUCGUCCUCCUCCAAGUUAAUUUCUUAUCCAACCCAGAAAAAGAAAAUGGAUGCUAUAGACUCAGUCUUCGACCCCCUCAGAGAAUUCUCCAAGGAUAGCAUCCGCCUCGUUAAGCGCUGCCACAAGCCAGACCGCAAAGAGUUUACAAAGGUUGCGUUCCGUACUGCGAUUGGGUUCGUGGUGAUGGGGUUCGUUGGGUUCUUUGUGAAGCUGAUCUUCAUCCCCAUCAACAACAUCAUCGUUGGGUCCGGUUAAAUCAGGUUAUUUGAGAUUGCUGGCCCACAAAAAGGAUGCGGUAGAGUAGUCAACACACGGGAGAGAAAAGAUCCAUGAUUUUGUGGGUUUUACUUUUUUGUCAGAAAAAAUACCUUAGCAGCAUUGUCAUGUUUUCAGAGUAGAUAUGAGUAAAGUUUUACGUCUUUAAUCUUAGUUCUUAGUUUGUUCUGAUGGAUGGAUGUUUAGAUUCGUUUGGUAUACUUACAAUGGAAAGAUAAUUUUCUCUCUUA